UCUUCCCAUGGAGACCAAAACGAACUCAGGCUCUGCCGAGUGCCAACCACACGCCAUUUCAUAUCAUCAUCACCGACUCACCAUAGCCAUUUCAGUACACUCAAACGCAGACCCAAUACACCAAAAACCACCACAUUUCACUCCAUCCCCAGCUACCAUUUUUUCUUUGUAUGGUAAAAGAGACCAAUUUUCAUGGUGGUUCUAAGCUUCCAAGCCGUCCAGUUUGUUCCGCCUCAGCUUCCCAAAAGCCACCCAUUGAGUAGUACCAAAUCAAGAGGUAGCCAUUACGGCGGCGGUGGCGUGGUGCGGUGUGGGAUAGCGGAGCCGUCGGGAAAGCCGGCUCCUUUCGGUGAGAAAACCAAAUACAAUGAUGGGUUUUUGGAGAGGGCUUUCAUGACUCUCUUUGCUCGCAAAAUGGGCAAAUUCGCUGCUCCGCCGAAGGAAAAAACAGAGAGCCGAAAGGGGUUUUGGGAUUAUGACUACGACAGCUUUGUUGAGGUUUCUAAGAGAGUUAUGCAAGGAAGGUCUCGGCUGCAGCAGCAGGAGGUGGUUCGUGAGGUCCUCUUGUCUAUGCUGCCCCCAGGUGCGCCUGCUCAGUUCAGGAAAUUAUUUCCACCAACCAGGUGGGCUGCAGAGUUCAAUGCAGCAUUAACUGUUCCUUUUUUUCAUUGGCUAGUUGGACCUUCUGAGGUUAUAGAAGUUGAGGUCAAUGGGGUGAAGCAAAGAAGUGGAGUCCUUAUAAAAAAGUGCAGGUACUUGGAGAAUAGUGGUUGUGUUGGAAUGUGUGUGAAUAUGUGCAAGAUUCCAACCCAAGAUUUCUUCACCAAUGAUUUUGGCCUUCCUUUGACCAUGACACCAAAUUUUGAAGAUAUGAGUUGUGAGAUGGCUUACGGUCAAGUUCCACCCCCAUUUGAGGAGGAUCCGGUGUCCAAACAGCCAUGUUUUUCUGAUAUAUGCUCCAUGGCGAAUCCCAACUCCAGCAUCUGUCACAAGUUACAAGCUUGAGAAUUUAUAUAAAUAUAUAUAUAUAUAUAUAUAUAUAAAUAUAUACUCUUUUUGGUUCAAUCAUAAUACCAACACAGAUAUAUCUCAACAAUAUGUACAUGUCAUUGAAGUUCAUCCCAAGCUGUUUUAUCCAUGUUUUGUAUAUCUCACACAAUGACCUCAUUUAGGAAAAUGAAUCAGGGACCAGUAGAGCAUCAUAUAGAUUAAUAUAUAUAUAUAUAUAUAUAUAUGCAUAAUUGAUGAAAAAUGUUGUGCUUGAUUAAGCUAUUUAUGCUAUAAAUUAUACCAUUGAUUUUUUUACUUUAUAUCCCAAAAAACAUGGAGUUGAUCACGAAGGAUUUUGUGGAA